AACUCCAGUCGAGUUGUUUUAUUUAAUUUUUUAAAAAAAUUCGGCUUUUAUUUUUUCUCAUGGUGUAUUGGCUCUCUGCCCGUUAAAUUCACCCCACUAACCUGCAACUCAUCCACCUUCUUCUUCUGCCGCCGCCGCCGCCGCUGCAUGUAGUUCCAGCCCUAGUCGACGUAUACGCAUACAUACACGAUAUAUAUAUUUAUACCCACAUGUAUAUAUCAUGUAUAUGUCAGAUGGGCUCGCCUGUAUUUGGACACCAAGUGUCCCCAUUGUUGAGUACUUUUAACUAUUUACGGCUGUGCCUUCUCAUGCAGCAGUAAAUACCACUUGGGUUUUAUUUAGGAAACAGGGCAGUGUUACUCUGUAAUAAGACAGCCACCCAGGCAAAAGCCCCAAAAAAUUAAAAACAAAACGGACGACGAAAAACGGCUGCGUUUCUUGACAGGACUGGAAUCCUCAUCUGCGGUUUUUGGAAAGAUUUGCCCUGCAUAUGUUCUUCCACAGCUAUGGCGGCCUAUGGAUUUGUCAAUAUCACUUAUUUUAGCUUGGGUUGAUGAGCCGAAUAAAAGGUAUUUAGCGGGCUUUAAAUUCGGAGGAAAAUUUAAGGGACAAGGGUUUGCAUUUGAUGUUGUCAAAGAUAAAAUCAGCGGGCAAGGAUUUAAAUAUAGGGUUAUCAGCUUCGAAGAAGAAAUCAGCAGAGAAGUGUAAUAUUGAAGAAGGAAACAGUAGACAAGGUUUUAUAUUCGGGGUGAUUGAAGUAUAUCUGGGGUUAUUGAGGAAGAAAUCAGCAUAUGAAGGUUCAACUUGGAGAAAACAAUCAGGAGAGAAGGGUUUAUAUCAGAGUUACUGUAGAAGAAAUCGGAGGUGAAGGGUUACUGCAGAAAAAAUCAGGUUAUAAAUUCAGGCCUACUGAAGAAUUAUUCAAAUUUAGGGUUACUGAAGAACAAAUUGGAAAAGAAAGAUUUGAAAUAAGGGUUGUUGAAACGGGUGGGGGUUUAAACUUAGUGUUAUUUGGAUGGCACUGGGAGAUCUGGUCGUGUUGAAUUCAGGCGGGUGUAGUAAGGAGGGGGAUAGAGUUAGUAAUAGUAGUGUUAAUAAUAUGGCUGGUAAUCAGAUGGGUGCACGCAUUGCGUUUGAGGAUGGGAUUGGAAGCAGGAGACUAGUGCAGGGAGAUAACCUCGCUGUUACUUCUGCAUCUGCCGCGGCUGCAGUGCCAGCGUCGACAGCGAGUGCUAAUACUAGCACUAGUAUUGUUUAUUUGCCUCCGACUGUGUAUUUUAAUGACCUCAGACAUGAUGCCUUUGAGGCUUGCACGCCGUCUGGACCGUCUGAGAGCGGCUUAGUUUCCAAAUGGCGAAUGAAGGAUCGGAUGAAAACUGGAUGUGUCGCACUUGUUCUGUGCUUAAAUAUUGGCGUUGAUCCUCCAGAUGUUAUCAAGAUAUCUCCAUGUGCUCGGUUGGAGUGCUGGAUUGAUCCGUUUUCCAUGCCAGCUCCAAAAGCACUUGAUGCUAUAGGGAAGGCUUUGCAGUCUCAAUAUGAACGGUGGCAACCACGGGCUCGAUAUAAGCUUCAGCUUGAUCCUACUGUUGAAGAGGUAAAGAAGCUUUGUGGGCAAUGCCGGAAGAACGCUAAAUCAGAGCGGGUUCUUUUCCACUAUAAUGGACAUGGAGUUCCAAAGCCCACAGCGAAUGGGGAAAUCUGGCUUUUCAACAAGAAUUACACACAAUACAUUCCCUUGUCUGUUUAUGAACUAGAAUCAUGGCUUGGGACACCCUCAAUUUAUGUGUUUGAUUGUUCUGCUGCUGGUGUGAUUGUAAACGCUUUUGUGGAGCGUCAAGAUUGGGAUUCUGGUGUUUCUUCUGUAGCUGCAAUGAAGGACUGCAUUUUACUUGCGGCUUGUGGAUCAGAUGAGAUUCUUCCUCAGAGUGCUGAAUUUCCAGCUGACAUCUUCACUUCAUGUCUCACAACACCUAUUAAAAUUGCAUUACGAUGGUUUUGUACACGCUCACUGCUUCGGGAUUCUCUUGAUCCUAGUCUUGUUGACAAGAUACCUGGGCGGCAGAUUGAUCGUAAAACUCUUUUGGGAGAACUGAAUUGGAUUUUUACUGCAGUUACAGAUACCAUUGCAUGGAAUGUCUUACCACGUGAACUUUUUCAGAGGCUUUUUAGGCAGGACCUUCUAGUUGCGAGUCUCUUCAGGAACUUCUUACUGGCAGAACGUAUUAUGCGCUCUGCAAACUGUACUCCAGUUUCCUUUCCGCUCUUACCACCUACUCAUCAGCACCCAAUGUGGGAUGCAUGGGAUAUGGCAGCAGAGAUAUGUCUUUCUCAGCUACCAACUUUGCUUAGUGAUCCAAAUACCGAGUUUCAACCAAGUCCUUUCUUCACUGAACAAUUGACAGCUUUUGAGGUGUGGCUUGAGCAUGGAUCUGAACGGAAAAAGCCACCGGAGCAGCUUCCUAUUGUUCUUCAGGUAUUACUAAGUCAAUCUCACCGAUGUCGGGCUCUGGUAUUGCUUGGAAGAUUCUUAGACAUGGGAGCCUGGGCUGUGGAUCUGGCUCUUUCUGUUGGUAUCUUUCCCUAUGUGCUCAAAUUGCUUCAAACAACAGCCACAGAACUGCGACAAAUACUUGUGUUUAUAUGGACAAAGAUUCUUGCUCUCGACAAGUCGUGCCAAGUGGAUUUAGUGAAGGAUGGUGGUCAUCAAUAUUUUAUCAAAUUCCUUGAUAGCACAGACGUUUAUGCAGAACAGCGUGCUAUGGCAGCUUUUGUGUUAGCUGUGAUUGUUGACGGACAUCGUCGAGGGCAGGAAGCAUGUUUGCAGUCUCGAUUAAUCAAUGUAUGCCUGCAGCAUAUGCAGGUGGCUCCUCCAGGUGAGGCACAGCCAGAACCGUUGCUUUUGCAAUGGCUUUGUUUGUGUCUUGGAAAGCUGUGGGAAGGUUUUCCAGAGGCCCAAGUGCUAGGCUUGAAUGAAAAUGCCACAGCUAUAUGUUUGCCUUUGCUAUCUGAGCCUCAACCAGAGGUGAGGGCAUCUGCUGUUUAUGCUUUAGGAACUCUUCUAGAUACUGGCACUGAGCCAUCAAGAGAUGCGUAUUGUUAUGAUGAUGACGACGAAGAUGAAGAAAGAAGUAAAGCAGAACAAGAAAUUGCAAAAAAUCUCCUUAAAGUGCUAUCUGAUGGCAGUCCACUUGUCAGGGCUGAACUUGCAAUAGCCUUAUCACGCUUUGCUGUUGGGCACAACAAGCAGCUGAAACCAAUGGCUGCUGCAUAUUUAAAGCCACCUUCCAAUUCCACAUUGACUUCAUUGCCAUCAUUGGCAUCUGUGAGAAGUUCAACCAACAGCUACAUUAAUGCUGGCCAGUUAACUCAAUCACUGAAUGUGUAUUCUGCUAACCAUGGUCCAGUCUUAAGAGUAGGAAGUGACAGUAGUACCCCAGCUCGAGAGGUAAGGGUACCUGCCAGUAGCCCACUGGCAUCGUCUACUGUCAUGCAUGGAUCUCCAUCAUCUGAUGGUUCCCAGCAUUCAGAGUCCAGGGUGUCACUAACUGAUGCUGCAAGUAAUGGAAAUAUAAGGCUUCCGAAGUCCAGAUCCUUGGAUAAUGCAGUAUAUGCUCAGUGUGUUGCAGCAAUGUAUACAUUGGCAAGGGAUCCUUCUCCACGUGUUGCGAGUUUGGGGCAUCAAAUACUGCGGAUAAUUGGUGUUGAGCCAGUUGUGGUGAAGCCAGUCAGGCCUACAGGUGGUGUUGGACAUCCCCGGGAUGCUUCUCUUUCAUCUGUUCAUGCUAUUCCUGGAUUGGCACGUUCAUUUUCUUGGUUAGAUUUAAAUCCAGCACCUAUUACAUUCAGAACUCCUCCCGCAAGUCCCCCAACUCGGACACAAUUAAUGCGGAGGGUGUGCUCAUUAGAGUUUAGUCCUCAUAUGCGCACUGCUUCAGAUGCCGGAUUAGCAGAUUCAAUUUUAGCCCAAUCUGUAACGGCAUCAACUUCUGAAAGAGGGCUUGUUCCACAAUCAACUAUUUAUAGUUGGAGUUGUGGUCAUUUCUCAAGGCCUCUUUUGUCUCCAGCUAAUGAUGACGAGGAAUCAUUAGCAAGAAGAGAAGAACGAGAGAGCAUGACUCUUGAUAGAAUAGCAAAAUGCCAACACUCCAAUGUAACCAAAGUCAGUGAUCAAAAUGCGAGUUGGGAUACAGGCUGUGAGCUAGGAACUAAGGCUGUAUUGCUCCAUCCUUUCAUCCCAAUAGUAGUUGUAGCAGAUGAGAAGGAGACAGUAAGGAUAUGGAACUACGAAGAACCUUUCCAGAUGAAUAAUUUUGAUAACCAUGAUGGUGCCAACAGAGGAAUAUCAAAGCUGUCUCUUGUGAAUGAGCUGGAUGACAGCAUGCUUCUUGUUGCUUCAAGUGAUGGGAGUGUUCGUGUUUGGAAAGAUUACACCCAACGAGAUAGACAGAAACUUGCAACGGCUUGGCAAGCAACUCAAGGGCACAGACCUGGUGCUCGCAGUGUAAAUGCUGUGGUUGAUUGGCAGCAGUUGACAGGCUAUCUGUAUGCAUCAGGGGAGAUAUCCUCCAUCAUGGUUUGGGAUCUUGAUAGAGAACAACUGGCUUGGAAUAUCCCAUCUUCCUCAGAGAGUUGUAUUUCAGCCCUGUCUGCAUCCCAGGUUCAUGGCGGGCAGCUAGCAGCAGGAACUGGUGACGGAUCUGUUAGACUCUACGAUAUACGGACAAGGGAAAUGCUAGUUUGUGCAAUGCGGCCUCAUGUUCAGAGAGUUGUAGGAAUUGACUUCCAACCAGGCUUGGAUCCUGCAAAGAUAGUGAGUGCUUCUCAAUCUGGAGAUAUUCAGUUUCUAGACAUAAGAAACAGCAGCAGUCCUUACCUGUCAAUUGAUGCUCAUAGGGGCUCAUUGACUGCUUUGGCUGUUCAUAGACAUGCUCCAGUGAUUGCAAGUGGAACUGCAAAGCAGUAUAUUAAGGUGUUUAAUCUUCGUGGUGAUCUGUUAAACAUUGUGCGCUAUCACAACAGUUUUUUGGGGCAAAGGAUAGGGCCAGUCAGCUGCUUAUCGUUUCAUCCAUACAAUAUUCUACUUGCUGCAGGAGCAACAGAUGCUAUUGUGUCUAUCUAUGCUCGAGAAAAUUCACAAGCAAGAUAGCCUAGAGAGCUCUGGCCACUGUUUUGAACUGUGUAUCAGAAGAUCAUGCUUGUAAUUGUGUCUUGGAGGUGCGGUCAUUGCUGCAGGAAUUCUUGUCAAGCAAGGUUUAACUGAAUGAGGAUUUUGGUACACAGCAAUGCCAACCCAUCGUUUCCUCUUGUUCCUCGCUAUGGGAAUAAAUUCCUUUUGAGGUUUUGAGGAAAUGGGUUUUUGUCAAAUAUGUAUAUUUAUAUUCAUUGGUCUUUUGGCAAGAGGUGAUUAAAGGUUUUAUGCCUCUGAUGGAGCAUCUCCUUUGCUUUGUUUGGGCUCUUCACAGUAACAGAAUAAUGUGUGGAAGGACAAAACAUGUAAAUAUUUCUUGUUUCAUUUUGUAAACAUUUCCAUUGCAUUGGUUUGCAACUGUUGUCAUUACUUUGUAGCAUUUGUUGUAUUUGAACAGAUCAGGGUUGCACUCCCUUACUGCCUUCUAGGGACGAACUCAAAAUCUGUAAGCGACCCUGGUCAAGGCUAUAGGGUGUACACUGAUUUAUUGUAUUCUUUUCUUGGAAAUAUGCUAAAUUGUAAGCAUUGAAGGAUUGUUACA